CUACUUGCGCUGACGUUAUACCAUCUAACAUUUACCAUCUACCGUUUACCAUUUACCAACACGAGAUCCAUACCUCCCCAUACCCCUUUGCCUAUAUCAUUUCUACUGUUUCGAAGAAUAAACUCACUUCAAAGGGUCGAGAGACUCAUAUUUAUAUAGUACACAUAGACUAUUUUCUAGAUCAAUAAAUCGCUAUCAUGGAGUCGUUUUUCCCCCAAGGCGGCUUCCAGCUGCCUUUCCAGCGUCGGCUUAGUAGGCUCUACAAUGAUACCAAAAAGUCAUCCGACUUUGUCAAAGAAUCGGCUCCGCGUCCCGACGAUCCCGAUAUAAAAGCUCUCCAUCGCAAGCUGCGAAUACAAAAGGACCGCUUGGUCAGCUGGGGUUUAGAAUGGUCCGAUCCGAACCAGGCUGCAGAGAUUGAUGAAUCCUUAUCUAAAGCAGGUCUGAGCGACCUUGUAGGCAGUAUAAUGGCCACUAUCAAGGACAUCCUCGCCGAGGCCGAACCUCUCUGGCUUGCUUCAAGGCAAGCUGUUGGGAGUGAAAAGAAGUCAGAAAAGGGGAUGGGCGAUCGAAAGGCUCCGUUAGUAGUUUGGGAUAAAGGGAGGUUUGAAGAUCUAGUUAAGGAUUUAACUGCAUCUAUCGAUACGCUUUGUGAUCUUUCGCGAACGCGGUCUUCGGCCACAAUAUCGCGGGUUGCGGGGCAGUUUAAGCCUACCGCCUCUACUGAAGACCUAAGGCCUUUUAGUUCUACAAGAAUCCGGACGCCCCAGCAAAUUGACCUGCAGACACUCACAAGCUUAAGAUCGCUGCAGCCUGCGUCCGUUUUGGAGGCAGAGAGAAUACAUAAUCGACCACAAGAGAUAUUUUUUAUUGGCAGGCAGGGCCAUAUCGAGUCAAGUCAUCGACAAGGGCCACAAGUUUGGUCUCCUCUCCUCGUAGAAUACGCGCCCUUCGACCCGAUAUAUUCAGCAACCGGCAUCAUGCCCGACAUGUCCCGGUUUGAGAAAUUAAGUGCCGGCCUCCAAACUGAUUCGCAAAGGUCUCCCGGUUCGUGGAUUGGUCUUCCUCUCCUUCUGGGAUAUUACGAAGACAUGAGACAAUCUAGAUUGGCAUUGAUCUAUCAGUUUCCACCCGGUUUUAAUCCAGUAACAUUCGAGAACUUCACCCAGAACCCCCUCGAUAAUUUGUGCACACUAAAGGAGCUUCUCAACCGACCAGACUUCGAGCCGAUGCUGGAGGCCAAAUUCCGUCUUGCUCAUAACUUGGUCAAUACGGUAUUUGACAUGCACGCGAGAGGCAUUACUCAUGGAAAUCUCAGCGCAUCUUCCAUAACCUUUUGCAAUGCUAACGGUAACGACCCUGACUUGCCCGUGGGUGAGGUGGAUGUCAGGAGACCUCUUGUGUCGUCCUUUGAUAUAUUUCCGGAAGAAGAUUUCCGUAAUGAGCCCCCGUCUACUUUUCCAUUGCAUCGCCAUCCCCUUGACCCGCGAACGACGACUCAAUCUCCCCUUUCGUUAAAGGGUGACACAAGGACGCUGGACCUCUAUUCAUUAGCCACGAUGCUUGUAUCUAUCGGUCUCUGGACUCAAUUGGAGAACCUCGUUCCAGACCAAGGAUCACCUUCCAUACCAGAGUCCGUCUUGCGACAGCUCGCAAUACGCUGCGGUACCCCAUACAUGAAGGCGGUUCAGAUUUGUUGGGAUGCAGUUGACCAAGAGCUCUCCCACCCCGGCUCUGCGGAAGAGAUUUUGAGUCAAGUGCAAAUAAGAGCGAGUCGCUAUCUAGAAGCUUGUUGUAUCUUGGACGGAAUCAGUGGGCUAGACGAACGAAUAAGCGAAGACCCGGGUAGAUUUUCCGGAAGAGGAAUGGUGACCGAAUCUUUAGCAGGACCAUCUGCUAGUUCUCAGUCCACUCAUGGGUCAGGUCCUCAAGCACCAUCGGAACCAGGAAGGAUGGGAAGUGAUACCAAACAGGCACCUGAACUAGACGAAAAGCCCGUUGAGAGUACAACGGGCCAUCCAACGGAUACGCGAUCCAAACUUCGGCUUUAUCCUCAAGUACCGUUAUCAACCGAGGCAAUUGAACAGUGGCAUAGCAUUCUCAUGCCGCAAAUCAACCUAGCCUUACGGCACUUCUAUCGCAAGAAUCCAGAGUCUGUCGAAAUCUCCUUGGAGUCCAUUGGCGAAUCACCCCAGAAGACCAAGCCGACUGUCCUAGUUAUAUGCACCUCAGUGAGCACCGUUCGCGCUAUAUUAAAGAAAAAACUUGGUGUAUUCUUUGAUGGGUCAACAGGCUUUGCAUUAAAGGUUUGCCGUGGAUCUGUGGCACGCUCUAGGAAAGGACCUACAAGGAGUAUGGCUAAGGACCAGCAUUCGGCCUCCGCUGGUAAUAACGAUAAUAAACUUGAAGACUACGCCGGUAAUCCUGAAGCUGCCAAUCCAGGAUACCAAGAAAUACCACAAAAUGGAGCGAGCAUAGGCGCCUGGAUAGGUGACAAACACCUCCCUCCAGUCAGUUUCGGGGGUCUCAUCAUGGUUGAUGAUAAGCCAUACGGAAUGACGGUUCAUCAUAUGCUAGAUGACCCAGACCUAGAAGAAGAGGCGAGUACUGCUAAUAAACCUGGCCCUAAGCGUGCCCACGCGCCUGAUCGAAGCAAUGCCGCGGUGUACAUAUUCGGAAUAGGGUCAUCAGGAGAAGAAAGCAGCGACGAUUAUCCAGGGGGAUAUUUUUCAGAUUCCGAAUCAGAGUUAUCACUCACAGACAUUACUAGUGCCGAUGAGGAGAGCGAUGAUGAUGAUGAGUUUACGGAGACUGGAGACAUCCCAGGCGUGGAGCCCGGCUGCGGAGAUGGAUAUAUAGUUACUCAACCUGCCCUUGAAGACGUGCCAGAGGGAUUUUAUCCGUCAGAAGAGACGAUGGAUGAGGAUCAUCUUGACACAUACAGGUUGGGUGAGAUGUACGCCUCUUCUGGUAUACGCAGGCGUAAUGAGGAUGGGCUUAUCCACGAGAUUGACUGGGCCUUAUUUGAUUUCGAGGACGGAAGGUUACCCCAGGAUAACCUCAUACCUCGUGCUGCAUCUAGCAGUUUUUGCAGUACAACCUCAAUAGGGCAUAUCCAUCCCACAGAGAUUGUCCCAGCCAAAUCCCUGCCAGGGCUGGAGGUGCAAUGUAUUGCACGCACAAGCGGAUUACAAAUGGGUCAGAUUCUACCAGCUUUGACGUCCGUCAAGAUAUAUGGUCGAUCAUCUCCUAGUCACACCUACCAAGUUAGUGGAAAAUGCUCGACAGUUCGCGGAUAUCCUCUCCCCGCUACGGAGGACCCACCCAAAGUACAUACUCGGACCCGCGAGUCAUUAGGUAUUCCGGGCGACUCGGGCGCCUGGAUAGUCGAUCGACCGCACGGUCGCCUCUGCGGACACGUCCUCGCGUGGAGCGCGCGCAAACAGGUCGCUUACAUAUGUCCGAUGGAAGUGCUCCUUCGAGACAUGGCGGAAACUCUGGAAGCACGAGAUAUACGGCUUCCGGGCGGAAAAGCCAUAAUAGAAAACUCUACUGGAUAUGAAAAGGCUGAGAUUUCCGAUUCCGACUUGGCCGAUUGCAGCGAGCGUGGUUGCAUGCAGGACGAUGAUGAUGACGACGACGAGGAAGAGGAAGUUCCCACACUACACGAUAUCCGCAAAUCAAGGGCCGGCUCUCACAUAGGAAUCGAUAGCGAACCAAAGGUACCUAAACGGCUCUCCGCCAUCAAGCGCAAACAACUAUAUGGCUACCACGGCGAGACUAGUGACGACGCUCUGGAUGCUGAUAUGGAUAAGAUGCAUAUAUGAGUGCCGUGGGCUGAUCUGCGGGGCAUUCAAGGAGUUUAGAUACUGGAUCGGGACGAGGCGAUUUGAAAUGAGGUAAUGUGUGAGAUACCCUUAGAUACCUACCUACAUCCUAUGGAUGAGGCGCAUGGAUACCUCUAGUUAGGAGGUGCGUAAUGUUAGCUUUAAUGUGAGCUUUGGCUUGCUUAGGUCUUGAAAAGAGAAUGAUGUUUAUAAUGAUCGAUUUCGUGAACCAACCCCCGCCCCUCAUUAGAGGUAGCAUCAGUGAUGCGUAUUAGGCACCCUAGCGGAGGAGGGUGUUUUUUUGAGGAAUGAUUCUGAUCGUUAGUCAGAAUCCCCCACCUCCGCUACGGUAGAUAGGUACCUAGGUACCUAACCUACAACAAGUG